AAAGUCUAAACCCUCUUCCAAGUCUUCCUUCACCGUCCCUAUCUCCCAGUUCGCCGUACUCCGAAACAAUUCUUCUCUUACUGAGAGCGAGAGGCCUCUUACCUCGGUGUUUUAGAUCGCUAGGGUUCGUGCAUAUAUAUUGAGGUUGGUCCGAGGCUCUUGCUCAGGAGGACAGCUGAAGCAGAAUUUCUUACUCCUAUAAUAUUUCCCGUUCUUACUGGUUCGAGAAAGUAUAUGGCCGCUUCUCGUGAACUUGCGGCCGCAGCAGAGUUCCUACAAGGUAGUGGUAGGCAGAGUCUGUUUUUACAGAGAAAUUCUCCAGUUCGGCCUCCUCAUUUGCUAUGGGGAGCACUUCGGAAUCAAAGGGCGACCAGUGCCGGUGCGUCCGGUAAGAAAGGUUUUUCUUUGAAAUGCUCUGCUCAUUCAAAGCCUAGAGCUGUGGUUUCUGGGGGUUUAAGCAGCUCCGUGGAUGAGCUGUCGAACUUGAUUGAAAAACCUGCCCUGGAAGUUAUUCAUUUUUAUCGUGUCCCGUUGAUUCAAGACAGUGCAACUCUUGAACUGCUUAAGUCAGUGCAAACCAAGAUAACGAAUCAAGUUGUGGGUUUGAAGACGGAGCAGUGUUUUAAUAUUGGGAUUGAUUCCCAGAUUUCAGAUGAAAAGCUUUCUGUGGUCAAGUGGUUGCUAGGAGAGACGUAUGAGCCAGAGAAUUUGGGGACGGAGAGCUUUCUUGAUAAGAAGAGGAAAGAAGGAUUGAAUACUGUGAUAGUUGAGGUUGGUCCGAGGCUGUCUUUCACAACUGCCUGGUCUGCUAAUGCCGUGUCAAUUUGUAGAGCUUGCGGAUUGACUGAGGUGUCCAGAUUGGAGAGGUCCAGGAGGUACUUGCUUUAUAGUAAGGGUCCAUUGCAUGAUAAUCAAAUUAAUGAGUUUGCUGCUAUGGUCCAUGAUCGAAUGACUGAGUAUGUUUAUGCUCGAAAGCUGACUUCUUUUGAAACCAGUGUGGUUCCCGAUGAGGUUCGCUAUGUACCAGUUAUGGAGAGGGGAAGGGAAGCAUUGGAGGAAAUCAAUCAAGAAAUGGGAUUGGCCUUCGAUGAUCAGGAUUUGCAAUACUACACUAGGCUAUUUCGGGAGGAGAUUAAGCGUAAUCCAACAACUGUGGAAUUGUUUGAUAUUGCUCAGUCCAACAGUGAACAUAGCAGGCACUGGUUUUUCACCGGGAAGAUCGUCAUCGAUGGACAACCCAUGAAUAGGACACUCAUGCAGAUUGUGAAGAGCACUUUGCAAGCAAACCCGAAUAACUCUGUCAUUGGUUUCAAGGAUAACUCUAGUGCAAUUAGAGGAUUCCUUGUUAAGCAAUUGCGUCCGAGUAAGCCUGGUUCGACUUGUCCAUUGGAUGAAGCCAUUCGUGACCUUGACAUAUUAUUAACAGCUGAAACUCAUAAUUUCCCAACUGCUGUAGCUCCUUACCCUGGUGCAGAGACAGGUGUUGGGGGUCGAAUAAGGGAUACCCAUGCCACGGGAAUUGGGUCUUUAGUUGUUGCGGCAUUGGCUGGUUAUUGUGUUGGAAAUCUCAACAUUGAGGGGUCUUAUGCUCCAUGGGAAGAUCAAUCUUUCACUUAUCCUUUAAACUUGGCUUCAGCACUGCAGAUCAUCAUAGAUGCUAGUAAUGGUGCCUCAGACUAUGGUAACAAGUUUGGAGAGCCCUUGAUACUGGGCUACUUUAGGACUUUUGGAAUGAGACUACCUAGUGGAGAAAGACGGGAAUGGUUGAAGCCAAUUAUGUUCAGUGCAGGUAUUGGACAGAUUGAUCAUGCUCAUAUAUCAAAAGGUGAGCCUGAAAUAGGAAUGCUAGUCGUAAAGGUUGGAGGCCCUGCAUAUCGUAUUGGAAUGGGAGGUGGAGCUGCAUCAAGCAUGGUUAGUGGCCAGAAUGAUGCUGAGCUAGAUUUUAAUGCAGUGCAGCGUGGAGAUGCUGAGAUGGCACAGAAAUUGUAUCGUGUGGUCCGUGCCUGUGUUGAAAUGGGGGAGAAUAACCCGAUUCUCAGCAUUCAUGAUCAGGGUGCUGGGGGGAACUGUAAUGUGGUGAAGGAAAUUAUAUAUCCAAAAGGUGCUCAAAUUGAUAUCAGGGCAGUUGUAGUUGGUGAUCAUACAAUGUCUGUUUUGGAAAUAUGGGGUGCUGAAUAUCAAGAACAAGAUGCAAUCUUGGUGAGGCCUGAAAGUCGUGACCUGCUACAAUCAAUCUGUGAAAGAGAAAGGGUCUCCAUGGCUGUUAUUGGAACAAUUAGUGGUGAGGGACGUGUUGUCUUGAUCGACAGUUUGGCUAUUCAAAAGUCGCAGUCAAGCGGACUCCCUUCCCCUCCUCCUGCAGUGGAUCUUGAGCUCGAGAAAGUACUUGGGGACAUGCCUCAGAAAAGCUUUAAAUUCAACAGGGUGGUGCCCACUCUAGAGCCACUUGAUAUUGCUCCUGGGAUCAGUGUGUUGGAUUCUCUGAAGAGGAUAUUGAGACUUCCAUCUGUCGGCUCCAAGCGCUUCUUGACAACAAAAGUAGACAGAUGUGUUACAGGACUAGUAGCUCAGCAGCAAACUGUUGGUCCCUUGCAAAUCACUCUUGCUGAUGUUGCAGUCAUUGCACAGACUUACACUGACUUGACUGGAGGUGCAUGUGCCAUUGGGGAGCAGCCAAUCAAAGGCCUUCUAAAUCCUCGAGCAAUGGCAAGAUUGGCUGUUGGGGAAGCACUUACAAAUCUUGUCUGGGCAAAAGUUACUUCUCUAUCUGAUGUUAAAGCAAGUGGAAAUUGGAUGUACGCUGCCAAGCUUGAUGGAGAAGGAGCAGACAUGUAUGAUGCGGCUGAAUCUCUUUCAGAAGCAAUGAUUGAGCUUGGUAUUGCUAUUGAUGGGGGAAAGGAUAGUCUUUCCAUGGCAGCCCAAUCAGGCGGUGAAGUUGUUAAGGCUCCUGGAAAUCUUGUGAUAAGUGUCUAUGUCACAUGUCCUGAUAUAACGAAAACAGUAACCCCUGAUUUGAAGUCAGGAGAUGACGGCAUUUUACUUCACAUUGACUUGGCAAAAGGAAAGCGGCGGUUAGGUGGAUCUGCUCUUGCUCAGGUUUUUGACCAAGUUGGGGACGACUGUCCUGAUCUUGAGGAUGUUUCUUACCUUAAAAGAGUUUUUGAGGGUAUUCAGUCACUUAUUUCAGAUGAAAUGAUAACUGCUGGUCAUGAUAUUAGUGAUGGUGGUCUUCUGGUCUGUGCCAUGGAGAUGGCAUUUGCUGGGAAUUGCGGCAUGAAUUUGGACUUGACUUCACGAGGGACAAGUGUCUUCCAGACACUCUUUGCCGAGGAACUUGGUCUUAUUCUAGAGGUGAGCAAGAGGAAUUUGGAUACAGUAAUGGGAAAGCUCCAACAUAAUGGUAUUUCUGCUGAGAUCAUUGGGCAGGUAACAGCCUCACCCAGUAUACAAUUGAAGGUUGAUGAUGAAACUUAUUUAAAUGAGAAGACUUCUGUCUUCAGAGACAUGUGGGAAGAAACCAGUUUUCACCUCGAAAAAUUUCAAAGAUUGGCUUCUUGUGUAGACAUGGAGAAAGAAGGUUUGAAGUACAGGCAUGAACCUCAAUGGAAACUUUCCUUCACUCCUUCGUUUACGGAUGAGAAGUAUAUGACUGCAGCCUCAAAACCAAAAGUUGCUGUCAUUAGAGAGGAAGGAAGCAACGGGGAUAGAGAAAUGUCUGCAGCAUUUUAUGCAGCUGGUUUUGAACCCUGGGAUGUUACGAUGUCGGACCUCCUCAAUGGAAGCAUCUCUAUGAAUGAGUUUCGUGGAGCAGUGUUUGUUGGAGGGUUUAGCUAUGCUGAUGUACUCGACUCUGCAAAAGGUUGGUCUGCUUCCAUACGCUUCAAUAAGCCUCUUUUGAAUCAAUUUCAGGAGUUCUACAGGCGGCCAGAUACUUUCAGCCUAGGUGUUUGCAAUGGUUGUCAGCUCAUGGCUUUAUUGGGGUGGGUUCCAGGCCCCCAAGUUGGGGGUGUGCAUGGUGCUGGCGGAGACCCAUCACAGCCAAGAUUUAUCCACAAUGAGUCUGGUAGAUUUGAAUGCCGUUUCACAAGUGUGACAAUAGAAGAAUCACCUGCUCUAAUGUUCAAGGGAAUGGAGGGUAGUACAUUGGGUGUUUGGGCUGCCCAUGGGGAAGGAAGAGCAUACUUCCCUGAUGAUGGUGUUCUGGAUCGUAUUCUUCAUUCAAACUUGGCGCCAGUAAGAUACUGUGACGAUGAUGGGAAUCCUACAGAAUCUUACCCUUUCAAUGUGAAUGGGUCUCCCUUAGGUGUGGCAGCAAUUUGUUCUCCUGAUGGGCGACAUCUUGCCUUGAUGCCUCAUCCAGAGCGAUGCUUCUUGAUGUGGCAGUUCCCAUGGUAUCCGAAGGACUGGGAUGUGGACAAGAGAGGACCUAGCCCUUGGCUAAAAAUGUUCCAAAAUGCCAGAGAAUGGUGCUCCUGAGAUGGAUCAAAUUUUCCGCUGUCGCCAUUGGCCUUAGUUAUGUGUUGCAACUGCUUACUGAAACUUCGAGCAAUCUGCCUGUUGUAUAGUAUUCCAUCUCUGAAGCACGCCAGUUGAUGAUCCAGGCUCAUAGAACUUCAAGCGAAAUGGUACUUAUUUUCUGUUUCAGUCUUUUAAAGAUAAGACACCCAAGGAGUUUCAUUUCCUUGCCCGAUUUUAUCUGUCGAUUUGUGGCCUUUAAAUUUACUUUUAUAGUUCCUGUCAUUCCAUAUUUAUGCUUUGAUCUUCCAUAUUAUGAAGGCAAAAAACAUAAUAGUAUGAGGGUUUUGCUAUUUUUGAUGUUAUAUGUUUGCUCACUUGCAUAGAGUAGAGGACUUGAUGAUCCUUCAGCUACUUUUCCUUUCUUGAAAUUAUAGUUUGUCAAGCCUUCCUUUA